CAAGACAAAUGAUGCAUAUGAUCAAAUUUAGGAAAGUUGUUGUGGAACCUAAGCAUAGCCAGCCAACGUCACGUCUCCUCAUUUCUCAUGCACUUCACAUGACUCCUCUCUUUUCUAGUGCUGCUCAAAACUGAAAUGUGUGAGCAUUAUUCUAUCCCUUCUUGUUUCUGCCUUUUUCUCUUUCUGGGUUUUCAUAAAAAUUAUUACUUCACUCUUCCAUACAGAGUUCUCUUUCGUGAGAGGUGUCAAUUUCCCCCCUUCAUUUCUGAUUGUGUUUUGAAGAUGCAAGCCGAAGCACAAAGCCAAAAGGAAGCACAAAGCUCUCACCGUGCGCAUAACAUCGAAAUCAGUGGAGAUCUUCCUGGUGCUAGAAGGAACAUUUGUGGGGAAGCACCAUGUGGGUUCUCGAAUGCUGGAUCCAUCUCCAAGGAAUCAGAAGAACGGUCAACUUCCAUGCGGAAGCUUUUGAUGGCAGUGGUCCUCUGUGUUAUUUUCAUGAGUGUUGAGGUAGUCGGUGGCAUCAAGGCUAAUAGCCUUGCGAUUUUGACUGAUGCAGCCCAUUUGCUUUCAGAUGUUGCAGCAUUUUCCAUCUCCUUGUUUUCAUUAUGGGCUGCAGGGUGGGAUGCCAAUCCUCGCCAAUCAUAUGGAUUUUUCAGAAUAGAGAUUUUGGGUGCUUUGGUUUCUAUUCAGCUAAUAUGGUUGCUUGCUGGGAUUCUGGUGUAUGAAGCCAUUGAAAGAAUUCUUGCUGGGACUCAUCAUGUGGAUGGCUUUUUAAUGUUUGUGGUUGCUGCAUUUGGUCUACUGGUUAACAUCAUUAUGGCGCUGUUAUUGGGUCAUGAUCAUGGCCAUGGACAUAACGAUCAUGGCCACCACAACCAUGAAUUUCAAGUGUCUACUCAUCAUCAUCAUGUUCAUGAUCAACAUCAUAACGAUCACACUCACCAUCAUGCUCCUGAGGAGGUUGCUAAACCACUUCUUGGUGGAUCAAAAGAGAAGAAAAAGAGAUGGAAUAUAAAUGUACAAGGGGCUUAUCUCCAUGUUCUUGGUGACUCUAUCCAAAGUGUUGGGGUGAUGAUUGGGGGAGCAAUCAUAUGGUAUAAACCUGAGUGGAUUUUAGUUGAUUUAAUUUGCACAUUAAUCUUUUCUGUAAUAGUGUUGGUGACAACUAUUAAUAUGCUGAGAAACAUAUUGGAAGUUCUUAUGGAGAGCACACCUAGAGAGAUAGAUGCAGCCAAGCUUGAAAGGGGGCUGCUAGACAUGGAAGAAGUUGUGGCUGUUCAUGAGUUGCAUAUAUGGGCCAUUACAGUUGGGAAGGUUUUACUGGCUUGUCAUGUUAAAAUCAGACCCGAAGUGGAUCCAGAGAUAGUGCUGGAAAAGGUUGUAGAUUAUAUCAGAAGGGUUUAUAACAUAAGCCAUGUGACUAUACAGAUAGAGCGCAACUAGUACAUUGUUUAGGUGAGUGAUGAAUUUGAAGGGAAUGAUUUAGAUAGACUUGGGGCAUUGUGCUUAUUGAACUCCAAUUUCUCUAUGAUAAUAACUUUUUUAGGUUAAAAUAUAUUCUCAGGGCUUUAUGCUUCACUUAAUAUGUUUUUGUUA